AUGCCUUCGAACGAUUUAGUACAAAGGUCAUUCAAGUACCACUUGAUAAUUAUGAAAAUCUUCGGCCUGUACCCUUUCGACUCUUGGCCUCAAUAUUUCACACCGUACGCUCUUUUUCUGUACGUAAUAUUUACAAUUGCAACACCGAUUUUGGCAGUCAUACACCUAAUCGUGGGCGAAAAGCCAAUCGUUGAUGUCAUUACCGAAAACGGCUUUAUGAUAGUGGAGUUAAUAGCGCUUAUUGCCAAAUUUCUGCCUUUCAAAAUGUAUCCCGAACGCACGAAGAAGGCGUUCUCCGCUUUGAACAAGGAAAUAUUCAACAAUCACCUGCCCGAACAAGAAGCCGUUCUUGAUGAGACUGUGGAAAACUGCAGGUUCAUCUUCAGGAUAUUCUGUAUGUCUUGUGCUUUUGCCGUCUUGAGUUGGGCCAGUUUACCUUUGAUGUACGAAGACAGGAGAUUUCCCAUUGACGUAUGGCUGCCGUUUGAACCCUUCGAAAACACAGCGGUUUACCUGUCUGUGUACCUCUUCGUGUGCCUGAGUGGGGUACACGCUGGAUUUGACAAUGCAACCGUAGACAGUAUAGUGGCUUUACUAAUAUAUAACGCUUCAAGUCAGGUCAUAAUACUCAAAGAUACACUCAUGUACCUUAGCAAGAGGACAGAAGACGAAAUAUCAAAAGAAAAUAGAUCCCUAAGUACUGAAGAAAAAGAGAAUCUGAAAUCGAACAUCAUCUACAAGAAGAUAUGCCACUGCGUUGACCACUACAACGCCAUUUAUCAGUUUGUGGAGGAUUUAGAAGAUAUUUUCUCGAUGGUGGUGUUCAGUCAGCUCAUAGCGAGCAUCAUAAUAAUAUGCAUUUGCUGCCUGCAAUUGUCAGUGGCUGUACCGUUUACCAUACCGUUUUUUGGAGCCGUAUCAUUUUUGACUGCGGCUCUACUGGAACUAUUUCUAUACUGUUAUUCCGGCACCCUCUUGUUUGAGGAGAGUGGUACAAUAGUGACGGCUAUAUACAUGAGCAACUGGUAUAACUACGACAAAAAAUCCAAGAAAGCCCUUCUCACUAUGAUGGAAAGGGCUAAGAGGCCCAUGAUGGUUACCGCUGGAAAGCUUAUGAACUUUUCUCUCGAGACCUUUUCUACGGUUAUACGCAGAUCUUACUCACUUUUGGCAGUUCUGAAGAAUAAUUAA